UGUUGAGGAGCAAAACAAGGUGAAUAGAUUAUAAAGGCUUCUCUGUUUCACCCUCUAAAGCUGUGUUCUUCCUUUUCCUUUUAGAUGGAAAGGAAAUGAGGUUUGGUUUUCCUUAAAACCACAGGUUAGAUGUAUAAUGAAGAUAUUGGAACAAGUGGAUAUACAUCCUUGCUGAAGAUGUCUCUCCCAAGCCAGCAACGUUCCAAAAUUGUUAACCCUCCUCCACCAGAAUAUAUGAACAAUAAAAAUAGUGGUUGUCAAACAAACCAACUUCAGUACUUACAGAGAGUGGUCAUGAAAGCCAUGUGGAGACAUAACUUUUCCUGGCCAUUUCAUCAGCCUGUAGAUGCAGCAGCACUGAAUCUUCCUGAUUACUACAGUAUUAUAAAGAAACCUAUGGACCUGAGCACAAUUAAAAAGCGUCUGGAACAUAAUUACUAUGCAAAAGCAGCAGAAUGCAUUGAGGACUUCAAAACUAUGUUCUUGAACUGCCACAUAUAUAACAAGCCAGGUGAUGACAUUGUGUUUAUGGCCCAAGAACUAGAAAAAGUGUUUAUGCAGAAAAUAGCACAAAUGCCACCAGAAGAAAGACUACUGAUUCCGAACAAAGGAAAGAGAAAAGGAAAGUCAUCAGAAGAAACUCAGCAGCCCAAGCCUAGGACUUCAACUAAACAGUGCACAAUGCAGAAACAAGCUGACAGUGGUGAGCAGCCUCCAGUGACAGCUCAAGAAUUACAGCAGGUUACACUAACUCCUUUGUCUGCAGCUCAGCUGACUGCUUCAAUGCCAGCUACAGUCCCUAUAACAAAAACAAAAAAAGGUGUGAAGAGGAAGGCUGAUACUACAACUCCUGCAACCUCAAUAUUCAAAGCAAGCAGUGAAUCUUCAGCAACAUUUAAUGAAAGUAAAGCUAUUAAAGCAUGCAGAGGUGAUGAUGAAUGCAUGAUACCAAGUAAGCUUCUGAAGAGGGACUUGCCAGAUUCUCAACAGCCACGUGGAUUUCUUAAAAAACAGUUAUCAGAACAACUAAAACAUUGUAAUGAAAUCCUUGAAGAAAUGUUUUCAGAGAAACAUUCGGCAUAUGCGUGGCCCUUCUUAAAAUCUGUGGAUGUUGCAUCCUUCUCACUUGGCAAGGAACAAGGGAUCACCAAAUGUCCUACAGACCUAGGAACCAUUAAGAAAAAAAUGGAUAAUUUUGAAUAUAGAGAGAUACAAGAAUUUGCCACAGAUGUUAGGUUAAUGUUCAUGGAUUACUACAAACGUAAUUCUCCAGACCAUGAAGCAGUUGCUAUGGCAAGAAAACUUCAGGAUGUUUUUGAGAUGCGCUUUGCCAAAAUUCCUGAUGAACCUGCUGCAAGUGUUUCUCUCCCACUAUGCACAAGAGAAAUAAGAAAAGCUUAUUCUAGUGACAGCAGUAGUGAUGACUCCUCUGAAGAGAAAUCAUCUGAAGACUCUGAAAAGGAGAGAAGAGUGCACCUUGCAAAGCUUCAGGAGCAACUUAAAGCUGUUCACCAGCAGCUACGGGCUUUGACCAGAGCAUCCUUACCUAGACUGAAAAGGAAAAAAGAGAAGGCUAAAAGGGAAAAAAGGAAGAACAAGGCAAAAUCUAAAAUAAAAAGCCUGAUUCAAAAGAAGAAAGACCUAAAACACAAGUCCAAGAAAAAGCAGUCUUUAAACAUUCAACCAAAGAAAACCACGCAGCAGGUCUUGUUGGCACAUAAGUCAGAAGAUGAUGGUGCCAAGCCUAUGAAUUAUGAUGAAAAAAGGCAGCUGAGUCUGGACAUAAAUAAACUCCCUGGAGAUAGGCUGGGGAAAGUAGUCCAUAUAAUACAGUCAAGAGAACCUUCUCUGAGGAACUCUAACCCUGAUGAGAUAGAAAUAGACUUUGAAAAUUUAAAAGCUUCAACACUCAGAGAACUAGAGAAAUAUGUGGCAACCUGUUUGAGGAAGAAACCAAGAAAGCAGCAUGCUAAAAAAUCGGUGAUGUCAAAAGAACAACUUCCUUCUGAAAGGAAACAAGAGCUAGAGAAGAGACUACUGGAUGUCAAUGGUCAGCUGAACCUGAAGAAAGGAAACUGCAAAUUUGAAAGCAAUGCUGAAUCUGGUAUUGGACCAAGCCGACUGAGUGACAGCAGCAACAGUAGCAGCUCCUUGGACUCUGGCAGCAGUACUAGCAGUGAUUCUAUCUCCUCAGAUAGCAGCGACUCUGAAUCAGAAACAUGCUCAAAACAGAAUGAAACCAGGCAGAACUGUCCAAUUUCUAUGGAGCAACCUCAGAGAAUAUCACUGGGCUUACAGAAGAUGCCCUGUGAUGCUGUUCUGCAAGCACAGCCCUCAACUUCUACUGGUAGCUUGCAAAUUUCUGGAUCGUCUGAAUUGCAGCAGCCAUCUCCAAAUAUGCUACAGAGGCUUCAGCCCUUACAGAGUAGAUUUCUUAAACCACCAGAACAAAAUGCCCAGUCUCCCUCAGGUUAUUGUAACACACCUAAUGGUCAAAAUGUUCUAGAGACAAAAUUCCAAUUUUCUCCAGAAAAGGAUACAAGAAUUAAAAAUAUAGAUUCCUGGGUAAGCUUAUGUAAAACAAUGAUGCUUCCAGCUCCAAUAAAGACAUCUGCUGAGAGCUUCAAACAAUUCAGGAAAGCGGCAUUAGAGAAAAAGGAUGGGCAAGCCCAGGAAUUAAAAAGGCCUCUGGUGCAAGCUGAGAGGGAACUGCAAAACCUUCCUCAAGAAAAAGAGAGGAGCCAUGAAGGCACAGGAUUGGAUGUCAUAGCAAUAAAAGACUGUGAGUCCCCAAAAGAAGAGGAUAAGACCAAACUACUGCCAGAAGCUCAACAACACGCUCUCAUUCAAGACCGUAACUUGGCUAGAAAAAUCGAACAAGAACGCAGAAGGAGAGAAGCAUAUUGUACGACUGAAUUUAAAAACUACAGUGUGAUGAAGAUCUUACUAGAUUCAGAAAAGGACUUCUGAAGCUUUCAUCCUGUUCAAUGCUUUUCAGAGAGAACUUCAGCAAUGUGCUUAUGCAAACUUGUAGUAAUGGGAAGCAUACACUUUUUUGGAAAGAAGUUUUGUGGGCUGUUCUUAGAUCUUUCUAUUUGGCCUGCAUAGUAUUCAUUACUGUCUAACUGUUCUGAAAAAUACACCACUUUGCUUUCUUACAGAUGGCUUGCACAAUUGAUAUGAAUUUGCAGAGUGACAUUAUGGCAAGUUUUGAAGAAAGUCUUGAAUGAAAGCUGUAGUUAAUAUAGAACUUAACCUUGACUCUACUACCAACCGCAUAACUUUGAAAAUGCA